AGGCCAGCUCAAAGCCAUGGUUCUCUCCACCAAAGUACCCGACUCCGAAGAACAUCUCCACUCCACUUUCGCUUCCAGAUAUGUCUGUGCUGCUGUUCCCAGAUUCAAGAUGCCUGAAAAGUCGAUGCCGAAAGACGCAGCCUAUCAGGUGAUCAACGACGAGCUGAUGCUUGAUGGGAAUCCGAGGCUGAACCUGGCAUCCUUUGUUACGACUUGGAUGGAACCUGAAUGUGACAAACUCAUCAUGGAUUCCGUCAAUAAGAACUAUGUCGACAUGGAUGAAUACCCUGUCACCACCGAGCUCCAGAAUCGGUGCGUAAACAUGAUUGCUAAUCUGUUCCAUGCUCCCGUUGGGGAAGACGAGUGUGCUGUCGGUUGCGGGACCGUUGGAUCAUCGGAAGCAAUAAUGCUUGCGGGUUUAGCUUUCAAAAGGAAAUGGCAACAGAGGAGAAGAGCUCAAGGUUUACCUACUGACAAGCCUAACAUCGUAACUGGAGCCAACGUUCAGGUAUGCUGGGAGAAAUUUGCGAGGUACUUCGAGGUAGAGCUGAAGGAGGUGAACCUGAGUGAAGGGUAUUAUGUGAUGGACCCUGUGAAAGCUGUAGAGAUGGUGGAUGAGAAUACAAUCUGUGUUGCAGCCAUUCUAGGAUCCACUCUGACCGGGGAGUUCGAGGAUGUGAAGCAGCUGAACGAUCUCCUCGUUCAGAAGAACGAGGAGACUGGAUGGGACACCCCUAUUCACGUCGAUGCCGCGAGCGGGGGGUUCAUCGCACCGUUCGUGUAUCCAGAAUUAGAAUGGGACUUUAGGCUGCCAUGGGUGAAGAGCAUCAAUGUCAGCGGCCAUAAGUAUGGGCUUGUCUAUGCAGGUGUUGGUUGGAUAGUGUGGAGGACAAAGGAUGAUCUACCAGAUGACCUCGUCUUUCGUAUCAACUAUCUGGGGGCUGAUCAGCCUACCUUCACUCUAAACUUCUCCAAAGGAUCAAGCCAGAUUGUUGCUCAGUACUACCAGUUCAUCCGGCUAGGCUUUGAGGGGUACAAGAACAUAAUGGAGAACUGUUUGGACAACGCGAGGAGGCUGAGGGAAGGGAUAGAGGAGACGGGUAGGUUCAAGAUUCUGUCGAAGGAGAUGGGAGUGCCAUUGGUAGCGUUUUCACUGAAAGACAGCAGCAAGCACACCGUGUUUGAGAUAGCGGAGAGUCUGAGGAGGUUCGGGUGGAUAAUACCGGCUUACACCAUGCCUGCAGACGCUCAGCACAUCGCCGUGCUCCGGGUGGUGAUAAGGGAGGACUUCAGCCGCAGCCUGGCCGAGAGGCUCAUCUGUCACAUCAGGCAGGUCCUCAAGGAGAUUGACGCACUUCCCAGCCGCAUUGCCCAUCUUGCCGCUGCUGCUGCCGCCGUCGCUGUUGGUGAUGAGGAGGAGGAGGUUAAGAACCCUUCUUCUAAGCUGUCCUUGGAGGAUAUUACCAAGUAUUGGCGACGCCUUGUCAACCACAAGCGAAAUGGUGUAUGUUAGCUCUCUCUCUCUCUCUGUAGUAAUAAGGUUCUCAUGGAGAACUUUGCGUCUCUCCCUCUCCAUUCUUAAC